CCCAAGGCCGCCGCCGUCCUUCACAACACCUUCGAGGGCCUUGACCCGGCCAUCGACGCCCACUUCUCAGCCACAUUCUCCAGGAGCCUGCCCGUCGGCCCCCUCCAUCUUCUCGCCCCGCCCGCCCACCCGACGCCGGACCCGAACCACUGCCUCCCCUGGCUCGACCGCCACGCGCCCGCCACCGUGGCUUACGUCAGCUUCGGCUCCUUCAUGGCCCCGCCGCCUGCCGAGAUGACCGAGCUGGCUGAGGGGUUGGAGGCCAGCGGGGCGGCGUUCCUCUGGUCGCUCAGAGACGAGGUCAUGGGGCUCCUGCCGCCGGGGUUCUCCGAACGAACCAAGGGGAGGGGCCUGGUGGUGAGCUGGGCGCCGCAGCUGGACAUCCUGCGGCACGCUGCGGUGGGAGCCAUCGUGAUGCACUGUGGGUGGAACUCGGUGGUGGAGGCCAUCACCGCCGGGGUGCCAAUGGUGUGCCGGCCCUUCUUCGGGGACCAGAGGCUGAACGCGAGGUUCAUCUUCCAGGUGUGGGAGAUCGGAGUCGAAUUCGAAGGCGGAGUGAUGACGAAGGAGGGAGUGGUGAGGGCUCUGGAGGCGGUGUUGAAGGGCGAGGAGGGGAAGCGGAUGAGAGUCAAAGCGGGCGAGCUCAAGGCCAUAGCGACGCGGGCAGUGCAGCCCGGUGGUAGCUCGUCGGUCAACUUCAACAGCUUCUUGGAUCUCGUUUGAUGUGACAAUGAAAUCAAUUAGAGCCAAAUAAGCCUAACAUGCUGAUGUGCUCCAUUUCACAACGUUAGUUUAAGCCAAUUUAGCUUCUUCAUCACGAGCAGAAUGAAGUUUGUGCUGUGCUAAGUUUCACUUUAAA